AUGUCGAACCAGGCAGUCGGGGCCGUCUACAAGGCCAUCAUUGACGACGUUGUCAAUAGCUCGAGAGUUGACUUUGAGGAAAGCGGCGUCGAAGAGUCGGUGUUGGAGGAGCUCAGACAGGGAUGGCAACGAAAGCUCACCCAGCUUGACGUCGCGUCGUUUCCUUGGGAUCCCAAGCCCGACCCUCCUCCCGUACAAGUACCACAACCUGCAAUGGCAGCCCCCCAAACUCAUGCUCAGGCACAGUUCUCGCCUCAACUCAACAACCCUACAGGUCUUUCUCUGCCAGGGAUGGCCCAACCUCAAGUCCAGAAUGGUGUUAAGCCCGAAGGGAAUUAUGUCAAGACUGAAUCCCCCGUGUCCAUCAAGCAAGAGCCCGGCUUACAGGGAAACCCGAUGGCUUAUCAACAGUACGCCAACACAAACCCCAAUAUCAACAUGAAUGACAAAAACAACGUGGCAGCCAACCGCGCUGCCCAGCAACUGCAAGCUCAAUAUGGCCAGCGCGCCGCUGGCUCCAUUAACGCUUUGCAUCAGCAGCAACAGCCACACCCUCAGCAGGGUCAGCAGCAGCAACCCCAGCAACAACAACCUGCUUUGCCCCAACAACAACAGAUCCAUCAACAGCAACAGCCUACUCAGCAGCCGAACUUGACCCAGCAACAACAACAUCAGCAGCAGAUGUAUCGUCAGCAGAUGGCCGCAGCAACUGCCCAACAGCAACAGCAGCACCCCUCUAAUGGGCACCCCCACAUUCAAAACGGCCAGACUGACGGUGCUGGCGACGUGGAAGAUUACGAGGGUGUGCUGAUGGAGCGGGCUGCUUCUGGCGACUUCCGCGAACUUGGACGAGUCGAGAUCGACCGCAUGCUGCAUGAACAGAUUCUUGCCAAGGCUAAGAGCAUGGAGGGUGGCGGCCUGAUGGUACCCUUGAAAGAGGCCACUCGACACUCAACAGCCUCGGGAUCGCGCAAGGCCAAGGGCAAGCAACCGGCCGCGUACGAUGGAGGUGACGAUGAUGAAGAGGACGAUGACGAUGCUAUCAACUCCGAUCUUGACGACCCGGAGGAUGACCGAGACGACGACGAUGUCGAUGACGAGGGACUGGGCAACAUCAUGCUGUGCAUGUAUGACAAGGUGCAGCGUGUGAAGAACAAGUGGAAGUGCACCCUCAAGGACGGUGUCUUGACCGUCAACGGUAAAGAGUAUGUCUUCCACAAGGCCACUGGUGAGUACGAGUGGUAG